AUGGACCAAGCUUACUGUUCACAAGAAAGUUUAAAUGCUGUUAUGGUCGAAGAUUACCUGGCUCUUUAUAACGAUUCACCUGUUAUUGUUUUCUAUCCUCUUGUCGAUCGAUUUCACUUUGACCAAGAUGAUAACCAAGUUAUUGUUCAACCAUUAGCAAAUUCUUAUGCUCAUGUGGUACCUUAUCAAAGACCUUACUGUGGUAGUAAUGGGGAGCUUAACUGCCUCGUAGAUAUUCAACGGGCGAUUAUGCAUUGGUUCCUUGAGAAGAAAAGCAAAUAUCUAAUACUACAACGAGACCGUGCAUUAUUGGGCUGCAAAGUAUUAUUCUAUCUAAGCGAGAUCAGGCAGUGGCGUGAAGGCGUAAUUCAAGAUUUUAGUGGCAAUCAUUGCUCCAUAUUUGAUCGAAUGACUUUGCAAUCAAAGUUGCUUGAUCCAAGAAUAACUGAUAUUCGACCAAUGAUCUCAGAUGAAAUUUUGGCUGAAUUAUCCGACGAAAGUACAUGCUUUCGUCAUGGGCGGCUUAAUAGAUUGUUCUCACUCAGUAAUAUCAAGUUGUAUCAAUGUAUCAAUGGUUCCAAUUUUAAUCCAACCAUGGUUACUCAAUCUGAAAGUCGACAAAAUGGUAUUUUCCCUAACAGUAAUUAUGACGACAUGCAUUCAAAUAAUAAUCACUUAGAGCUCGAGAUCCCUACUUCUAAAGCUAUGGCUACGCCAACUACCACAUUAUCAUCAUCACCUACGAAUAAUUUACUCAAUAGCGUUUCAUGCAAUGAUCAAGAUCACUCAUUCUUGCUAACCAAGAAGAAUCAAUUGGAUCCUAUUACCCCCAGUAAUUGGAAUGAUGCUCUUAGAUUAUUACAACCAAGAAGAAAACGUAGAAGGAAGUUUGAUUGUGAAACAAAAUCAUCUAAAAAUACGGAUGCCGUGGAUAUAAACCCAAUCCAAUCUGAAAAGAUAGUGCAAAUGACUAAUCUACCGCCGGAAAAUAAGAAUUCUUCAGAAGAUUCUAAAAUGGCGGCGUCAAAAGAUUCCAAUGACAAUCUUUCACCAGCUAAUGUUGAAAAAUCAGAUAAUGAUCCAGUUCAUGCAGAAGAUUUACCGAUCCCCAAUGUAAACACUAAGGCUACGCUUCAUGCUCAUACAUAUAAUUCUCAAGAAUCGCAGAAAAAUUUACCAGAUGAAGCGAGAAGAAAUUCUUCAGGUGACUGUAAAACGGCAGCGUUAGAAGAUAUCAAUGAAAAUUUUCCGCCACCUGAUGUUGAAAAAUCAGGUAACGAUCCAGCUAAAGCAGAAGAUCUAUCCGCCGUCAACGUGAACACUAAGGCUACGCUUUCUGAUUACGCAUAUAAUGCUCAAGAAUCGCCGAUAGACUUGCCACAUGAAACGAGAGAAAUCGAUAAAUUUCAAUUUGAGCUAAAUUGUCUUGAAUAUCAAUCAAAAAAAAAGAAGAAAAAAAUUAUGAAUUUAAAAUCAGAUAAUUUUAGGAAUCAAGAUUUAACAUCAAUUCGGAGCUCAUCGUCUUCAAAGCAACUUACGUCGCUUCCGAUAGGACCUCAAGCUCUACCAGUUACAAAGCAUCAGGCAAAAGCAGCACCUAAAUCCCUUACUGAAACUCUCGCUAUGCGUACGACCUUGCCAGUUACGGAUUCUUGGUCGAAACCUGAAGCAGAUUCCUUACCUAAAUCUUGCUUAAAUGUUUCCAAAGCCAUCCAAGCAGAAUCCUGGGCGGAAGUAUCUACGAGCGCAUUAUCACCUAUACCUCCAAAUCACUCUGGGAAACAAGACUUUAAUAAUGGAGUUAAAUCUACGGAUUCUGUAAAGAAACGGAAAACUAUGCCAAAAUCUCUACCAAAAGAUGGUUCGUUAACGCCACAGCCCUGUAGUUGCAAUCAAUUGGUUAAAUACUUGCCACGCUGCCUAGAUUGUGGUUCUUUCCAAGACGAUAAUUCAGAUAUAGAAGAUAAUUGCUGCCGCUUCCUCAAUUUCCGAUUGCUAUCCUUUGCAGGCAAAUGGAACGCUCGUGAAUUCUGCUUAGAUAAAAACAGUACUAUUAGUAAUAUAUGGCUACCGGGAAAAAAUGGUAAUCCUGUAAUCAAUCUCUACUUCGAAUCAGGAUGA